AUGAUUGUACCCGUCAGAACGGGUUAUCCGUUAUUAACGCGAUGGCGACCACUUUUAAUACAUUCAUCAAUACGUAAUAUGAUUACUGGUCGUUCACGGUCGGAAACACCACAAGGUGUACCUGAUGAUUGGGGUACAUUAAAACCACUUGAUAAAGAUCCAGAGUCAAAACCUAUAAAACGUGAUGACAAACGUGUUGGUGCACCUGAUGAAGUUAAAGGAAAAGAAAUGGAAAUUUUAUGGCCAACAGAUCGUGAAAUACAAGAAGGAGAAUUUUCGAAACCACAAUGGGAACGAAAACAAAUCAAUCAUAUUUGGUAUGGUUAUGAUUUCAAUGAUAAAUUUCGAGAUGAAGCAAAAAUGAAACAACGUAUGUUUUCACUUGUUUCUCUUGGAAUAUUUGUAUUUUGGUUUAUGUGGCGAUAUUUUCCUGAUCGAUUAUUAAUUAAUUGGUGUCAACGUGAAGCAUAUCUUCGUUUAGCUGCACGUGAAAGUCUUGGUCUACCAGGUGUUAGUCCAUGGUAUGUCGAUCCGGCUAAAGUAGAACCAUUUUUACCAAAUGAUGAAGAACUUGGCGAUAUGCCUAUUGAAAUUUAG